CCCAAGUGUCACCACCUUCAUCUCUCUCUUUCUCUCUCUUACUCUUUCACAACCCCAAAUUCAAGGGUUCGCUUCACUCCAACAGUAAUCAAAUUAUGUGGUUGUUUUUUUGAGGAUUUAACUCUUGGGUGAGGAAAUAUGAAAAUUGGAGAUUGACUUGGAGGUACUUAUAGGGUUGACAUGGAUCUUUCUUCACUCUCUUAUCAUAAAUUUGUGAACUUUGCAAUGGAGGAGGCUCGACUUUGCACUACACUAACUCCGCUGCCUUAUCAGGAGAAAGUAAGAACAAUGAAGGUCAAAGAUGACAAGACUGUGCUUCAUGCGCUUUCAUAUCAAGCCCCCAAGAUCAGACUUCUUCGGAGCUUGACAAUUGAUGGAGGUAGUGCAAUGCAGGUUCUUGAUUUUGCUGGAAUUCCGGAACCAAUGUUUGACAUGCCAAUAUUUUGUGCCAACUUUUUCACAAUUCCUAGCCUGAGCAUAAUUGUCUUGGACCUUAAUCCUCUGUAUGAUACAAGAACUCAGCAGUAUUACAAGGAAAAGUAUUAUCUGAAGUUAUUACCUCUUGGGCAAAAAUAUGCUGAGCUGUUACCAUGGGGAGACAAAAUUACAAGUGAGUCCUUGAGUUUCUUUUCACCGAUUGUAAUAUGGACCAAGUUUGCCACAAGCCAAACCAAGCAUGACGUUCUCUUUUCUGCAUUCAGGGACUACUUUAAGGCUUGGCUUGAAUUGGUGGAUCAAGCAUUGCCAGAGACAAAUUCACUGCAGAUACUUCGUAAUAAGGAAGCACAACACAGAUACCUUACAUGGAGAGCAGAAAAGGAUCCCGGGCAUCCGUUAUUAAAAAAAUUGGUUGGAGAAGACCUCGCAAGGGACUUGGUGAGGAACUUUCUCUUUGAAGGAGUUGAUUCACUGGGGACAAAGGCAUUCUUAGAUUACUUUCCUGAAUAUCGUCGCGAAGAUGGCUCAGUUAACCAAAAACGCAGUGUGAUCGGAAAAUCCUAUGAAACUCGGCCAUGGAAUUCGAAGGGAGAGUUCAUCGGUGAAAUGUCAUAAUUACUCUUUCUUGUUCUUCUCAUAAUGAAUUUUUUUUAAUGUAUAAAUUUAACAUAUCUGCAACAUUAACUUUGUUCAUCUUCUGUAAACAAUGUGUUCACAUCACUGUUUUUAAUUUGCAAGGAUUUGAAUAA